CUGCAGCUGGGGUUCGCUAAAAAGACAUGACCCAGCCUCCAAGAUCCAAGCUUACACGAUGGUCGAUACAUAAAAUCCUUGAUAGUCUUCUCUGUGUUUCUUUCUUUGUCUUUCUCUGCAUCUCUAUCUGAUCUUUGUCUGUCUGUAAGGUGGUGCAAGAACCAACACAAACACAACAGACAGCCAUAAUGGCCAAGAAAAAGCACUCGAAUCAGAAUCCUCCAGUCCAGAAGAAAAAGCAGGACAACAAAAAGAGCCACAACAAUCAUCAUCAACCUAGCAACGGCAGUAGUAGUAGUAGUAGUAGCAAGAAGAGUGGAUUGGUGUUUCCCGUGUGGAUUUGCGUAGUGGCAGGUCUGUUGUCCUUGUCGUUGGGACUCUUGACUCCUCAUUUCCUGCGUCAUCAGUCAUCUACUACUACUAGCGCUACUACUAAUAAGCAUCGAGACUUGCAGAAGCAAAAGACCAUGUCUUCUCAACAACAAGAAUCAGAUGUGACCAUGACGGACCGUCUCCAUCCUCCCCCCGAAUUUGCGUGCACAUCCGACCGUCUCUCGCAAGUCCUCCACGAUAAACCCGUCGCUGGAAUGCACGUGGUGUGUCUCAAUCAAACCAUGGCAUCCUUGCAGAUUGUCUUUUACCCCAACGCCCAGCACACUAGUAAUCCUCCUUCCAUCCAACUGGAAGGAUUGCCCGCUUGGGAUGGAUUCAAGGACGCGCUUGUCACCCACCUCCAAUUGACUCCCAUGGACGAACUGCAUCAACCGUGGGCCGUCUUUUCUCCCGACGGUGAAUUGCUACUGCGAGAAGACAAUGAACACGUACAAAUGGAUGGAGUAGCGAGUAUGGGAAUGGUACUCGUCUUUCAAGGUGGACAAUUCAUUUGGCCGGGUGUCAAGAUUGGAUUUCGACGGACCAUUCCACUUCAUUAUGAUUCUACUUCCACCACCUCUGCCAAAAAACAAACCGCCACUUUGGAAACCAUUUCCUUGGAGCCCCUCGUCUUUGCUGUGGAUGGAUUUUUGGGAGAAGAAGAAUGCGACUUUUUUCAAACCCAAGCGACACCCAGUAUGGCAUACUCGGAAGUCACACUCAUGGAUAUGGACAAGGGACGACCCGCCUCGGAUUUUCGAACGUCGCAAUCCACAUUCUUGACCGACAACACACAUCCCAUGAUUUCCGAAAUUGAUUAUCGAACCGCCAGUCUGGUACGAGUGCCACGCGUCCAUCAAGAAAAUGUACAAGUACUCCGCUAUGGGAAUGGAGAAAAGUACGACGCCCACCACGACUACUUUGACAAGCAACUCUAUCAGAAUGAUCCUUCCACACUCCGCAACUUUAUUCAAUAUGGCAGACGCAAUCGUAUGAUUACCGUGUUUUGGUACCUCAGUGAUGUCGAAGAAGGGGGCGAAACUAUUUUUCCACGAUUUGGUGGAGCGCCACCGCCCCGCAACAUGGCCGAUUGUCAAACGGGGCUCAAAGUCAAACCGGCUCGUGGAAAAGUCAUUAUCUUUUACAGUCUCAAACCCGAUGGAAGUCUCGAUCCACUUUCGUUGCAUGGAGCGUGUCCCGUUCGGAAGGGCAUCAAGUGGGCCGCCAACAAGUGGGUGUGGAAUUUGCCCAUUCCCGAAUUCGGGUCGGGGCGGUAGAAAAACUAAAAUGAGUGAAUGCAAUGCAAUGCAAUGCAAUGCAACGACAGGACAAUCAAUUCAAUCGCACGCCUCUAGCAGGAUUCCACGCGCAAAACAAAACAAAACAAAAACACAAUUCACUCGAUCAAUGGUAGUACACUAUAUAGAACCUAUCGUGAGUUGAGUUGGUAGUUUAGUUUAAAAGUACACUUUGUCUAUUAGCUAGGCAUAUCAUACCAUGGCUGGUGCAGAUGUAUGUGUAUACUAUUCGUGCGGUAGGCAAACGGGAAGGCCUUCUCAAUGAAACUGCAAAAGCCAAAACAGGUUGUUUCAAUUGGUGGUUAUUGGGAUCCAUAUAUACUCCAU